AUGUGUCGGCAAUGGAUAUGGCUCAGCUCUUUCUCGAAUAUAUAUAUCGAUAGGUGGGACUGCCAGAGUCAAUCCUUUCGGACCGUAGAGACCAAUUUCGCCUACGCCGUCCUCGAAUAUGAGUCAACCGGGUUAUCUCCCUUCCAGGUUGAGCGUGGCUACGAACCCCGGGUCUCCUUUGACUGGGUCUCGCCCUCGAAGCCUCGGGAUAGACCUCAUGAUCAAGCUGAAGCUCGCCAGACUGCUCGCAAUUUAGAACAGAUCUGGGACUACGCUAAGGGUCAAAUUGAACUAGCUCAGGUAAAGAUGAAACGGCAAGCCGAUAAGCAUCGCAGACCCGUGGACUUUAAGGCCGAGGACUUGGUCUACGUAACUACUAAAGACUGGGAAUUAGGCCGCCCGAGCCGCAAGUUCGGCGACCAAUGGGCUGGCCCGUACGAGAUUAUUGAACAGAUUGGACAUGCCUUUAAGCUUCGCCUGUCUCCUACACUCCAAGUCCACCCCGUUUUCGCGCCAGAGAAGCUCCGAAAAGUGACCGAUUUGGCGCCUAUGCCGGAUAAAAUUUUUGCUUCUCGCAUGUAUAAUAAAGAGCUGCGCUACCGCGUGCAGUGGGAAGGGUAUCCUCCCGACCCUGCGUGGUAUCCUGCCUCCAAUUUCCGUAACGCCCCGCUCAAGUUGCAGGAAUUUCAUGAUCAAUAUCCUGAGAAGCCUGGUCCGCCUCGGCGCCUGGCUAACUGGCUCGCUGCUGCAGCUAACGACGAAUUUCUCGACGAACACGAUGAUGACGAUUUACCUGUUUAA